AGCGUCCGGCAAAGCCGUGUAGAAUCCCGGCAAAACUCAAUGGCGUCGGGGGAGAGAAGGGCAGGAGUCAAGAGCUGUCAAUUAGCCGGGAAAGAACCAAUGGUGGCUCUCUCUGGGUGGGAAGCAGCGAAUGGGGGAAAGGAGGCGGUCGCUCGCCGUUUGAGAAGUCUUCCGACGCUUUCACUCCAAGAUGGAGGCUGCGCGCGGCGCUGAUAGCGGCGAGGAGGGAAGGUAUCUGCUUUUCAUAAGGAGGGAAUCCUGCGCUUUCAAAAUGAGCGUGAAAGAUAAAGCGAAACUACGUUUAAAGAAGUUUGACGUUGGAGACCGAUUUUCCCAUUUGCCACUAGCAAAAGCCUCUGUUCUUAUACCGCUGAUGGUUAAAGAUGAAAGGCUGUGUGUACUUUUCACUGUCAGAUCAAUGAAGUUGAGGAGGUCACCUGGAGAAGUGUGUUUUCCAGGAGGCAGGAAUGAACCAACAGAUGCAGACGAAAUAGCUACAGCUCUCCGAGAAGCCAAGGAAGAAGUGGGGCUCAACCCAGAACAGGCUGAAGUCAUCUGUAGGCUUGUACCUUCAAUAGAUAAAACUUUUUCUUUAGUAACUCCAGUAGUCGCCUUUAUAGAAGACUCAUUCCAAGCCGAUCCUAAUCCAGAAGAAGUCAGUGAUAUGUUCUCGGUGCCACUGAAGUAUUUUAUUAGUCCUUCGAAGCAUACAGCCCUGCCAGUGAAAAAUACUUCAUUUCUUAUGCAUUCCUUUGAAUAUGAAGACCCAGAACACCAGACCUCGUUUAGGAUAUGGGGGCUCACAGCACAUUUUGCAGUGUUUCUGGCUCUUGCCAUUUUUGGAGAGAAGCCAACAUUUGAGGUUCAAUAUGAUCUUGACAAUUUGAUCUCUUCAGCUGAGAACAACCUCAUGGAUCUAUACAACAUGGGAAGAAGCAAACUUUGACUGGAAGAAUCGUUAACUUUCUUAAGCAAAUGGGGCUAUUCACACAUGCGUGCAAAACCGGGCUGAAGGAGCCCAGCCCUGUUUUGCACGCUCGUGUGAACCGCCAAGAUCACGCCGGUUCCCAGCAGCACCACAGCAGCAAACCCGCCUAUGAAGCCUCCUCUCCAAACGGAGCAAGCGCUCUCCUAACCCUGUUUUUCUGCUCACGUGGCCGCCACGUGGAGGGGAGGGGGGAUUCCCUUAAUGCACAGUUUAUUCUUGGGGGCAGGGCAACACAGGGUGCCACACCCUGGCGCCCUGACCCUCGGAGCUAACAGAAGCAGCCAGUGCUCAUCUGGGCAGGUGAUCCGCCCACCAAAGGGAAGCAAACGGAUUGAGGCGAGUCUCACGAUCAGUGAGACUCGCCGGAAGGGGGUUUGCGGGGAGAGCGGGCUUAGGGAGAGAUGAUCAGAAGGCAGCCCUGGGCAGUCAGAUCAGCCACCCACACGGCUGCCGGCUCCGUCACGGAGCUGGUGGGGGGUGUGGGAAUCGGGUGCCAUGCUGCCCCCAGAAGUGCGUGGGGCAUCCUGGAGAGACCCCUGAGCCCGGGAGGCGGCUUGCGAGUGCUCCGUUAACCUCUUCCUUUUGAUCAUGUGCUGUGGCUCCACACUGCAGCAAUGCAUGAGGAGACCCCCACCAGGAGGCUGAAAGAAGCCUCCCUGCCCUGGGGGUCUCUCCAGGAUGCCCCACACGCUCGUGUGUGCCACAACUCACGCGCUCGUGUGGGGCAUCCUGGAACUUCCUGGGGCCAUGCAGCCCCCAAUCCCCGCAGCGCCCGCUCUCAAAGGGCUGAAGCUUUGGUAGUCUGCGGGGAGAGCUAAGCCCCGCCCUCCCCACUAACCCCAUCUGGCGAGUCUCACCGAUCGUGAGACUCGCCUCAAUGUGUGAUGUCCUUAGAAGAAAGAUGUGGUUGUGGUAACGAUGUGACAAAUGGCAAAUAUAGAGGCGCUGCCCAUGAGCCGUGUGAAGCGCCAUGAGGGCUUUUGGGGGGAGAGUGGUCUUGACCUGCUCUCCCCACACACGAGCAGGGAGCUUGCCCUGGGCAGCUGAACUGGCCACCCAAACGAUUACUGGCUCCGUUAUGAAGCCGGUUGGAGCGGUAGCUAUCGGGGGCUGCUCGGCCUCCAGAAAUCCAAGAAUGCCCCAUGCGAGUGAGCAGAGCAUUCAGGGGAGCCCCCCCCCCCCCCCGAUGCCAGGAGGCUUCUUGUAGCCUCCCAGUUGGGGGUCUCCUCAUGAGUUGCCGAGUUGCAACUCACAGAAAAUGGGGUUAGCGGAGAGCUGGCUCCGCUAACCUCAUUUAAGGGGUGGCAUUUUAGAGGACUUGCCUCCGGGAGCCACAUGUCUCCUGUUGUGGCAGACGACCAGCCAAAACAGGGCUCGGCUCCCUUAGCCCAGUUUUGGCUGGUCGUGGGAAUAGCCUCGUUGUCUACUUUAGUACAGCACCAGGCACAACAGAGCUUGCAGUCUUGGUUGAAGCCUCUAGGUGGCGCUGCUGGACUCAUAACAUCCGCUCAGUAACGUUACACAUAACCACUUGAGGAGGGGUUGGUAAUUUUUUUUGCUUGUUAUUGCUGGUACUCAAAUUUAUGUUACUUGAAAUUAAUAUUAAAGCAAGAGUAUGCUUAAAAAGCUUU